GCCAAGUUCAACGUCCACAGAUGUUCCGGGCUGGGUGCAGGGAAUUGGGCAGUGAACAGUGGGAAUUGGUGGUUGGAUAUUGUGGGUGCCCAAUAUUGGAGCACUUGGCGCUGUAAUCUGUCCGCGAGAGGAAGAGGAGGAGAGUGGCGCGGCGCGCUCUUCACUCACGAUGCUGACGUGGCGCUAGAAAGGCUGAUUCAACUCAGUGCGGGACUACGCCUACGGUUGCAAGCCAGGCUGCUGCCCAUCCGCCUGACUUGACAUUCAAGCUCGAGUGCGCACUUCCAUAAUCUCCAUAGCUGCCUCCACAACCUGCUGCCGGAAAGGCGACACGUGGUCGGUCAUCACGUUGGUCGUCUGUCAGCAGGGCGCAUUCGUAGCCGGCAAAGAUGGGAGGGGGAGGUGGAAGUCCUGGGGAGUUCACCUACCCUAAGGGUGUCUGGUCUCCAUCGGGUGGCUGGUGGUGUGAUCCCAAGUACUGGAGGAGGAACACUGCGUUUGCCUUUUUAGGAAUAUUUGCGGUUUGUAUCCCGAUUGCGAUGAAAUCGGCGGAGUUGGAGCAUCGACCUGUUGGCCCCAUCCAUCCAAUUCCGUCGCAGAUGUGGUGCAAGAAUAUUGGCCCACCCCCAGAGCAAUGAGCGAUGGAGGUUGUGACGGACAGUGCUUCAGGAAUGCAUUCCCUUGCCAGUGAGGGGAGAGAGAGAGAGAGAGAGAGAGAGAGAGAGAGAGAGAGAGAGAGAGAGAGAGAGAGAGAGAGAGAGAGAGANGAGAGAGAGAGAGAGAGAGAGAGAGAGAGAGAGAGAGAGAGAGAGAGAGAGAGAGGGGAUGGGGUGUGCGGUGAAGCAACUGGUUUUGUAACUUCUUCGGAGCUUGGUUCGACUGCGUAUUCUUUGCUUGUGAUGUGAGGGCAUGGACGUGCAAUACUUGCGCCAAGGUUUCACGGCUGGCAAUGUGGGGACCACAUCAAACUACUGGGGUCAAUGCAUCCAACCUUCAGCGUAUUCGCAAGCUAGCGCUCACACAGGUGCCUCUUUGGAAACGAUACACCCAUGCAUGAGUCCUACACACAGUCACAGAGCUGUCUCGCUGACGGGGAUGAAGACAAGAUCUUGUUGUCAGGCAGAGGAUCGCGUGUCCUGGGUUGUGGAGGUGAUGCGUUGGUGCCCUGAAAAGGCAGUCCAUUUUGGAUCAGUCAGCAGCGAUAACUGGUCUGGUUAUGGGACGUAAGAUGCAAGCCUCCGCUUAUUGCGGCGGUGAGUCCGGUGAUAUCUCACCUUAAUCGACUGUACGUUUAACUGGAAAAAUUUGCAUGAAGGGUAGUAAAGCUUCUUCAGGUAGUUGCAGCUUGUCAUGGGCUUCAGGCUGCUGUGCAGAAGGGGAAACCAAGGCUGCACUCUUUUAAUCGGCUUUUGGGACUAUUGUGCCGGCUGCAGAAGGCCGUCUGUGUGACGGUGAUGGCGAGCAUGGUAUCUUCAUGGUUUGCGUGUUUAAUUCCAGUAUCAGGCUGUCUAUCAGCUUUGCAAAUGGUCGCCCAAGGAGGUUGUUACAUCAACUUACAUGGCUGCAUAUAUACUCUUGACAAGGAUAGCUGCAUAUCUUUGUUCAAGCCAAGCGCCGUACGGAUGGCUACGCAACAAGCAGAGUGCAAGUCGAUCGUUGCAAGGAUGGGUGACCUCAGGAAGUCCACUUCUGCUCUUUCUUGUGGGUAGUUUGGGACUAAGAGGCUGAAGGGCCGCCGCCGCCUUGCGGCGCCUAUGGUCGGUCGCCUCUGCAAUCUCUCUGUGUCGCAUAUGAAAAAAAAAAAAAAACUGUAGUCCAGCGCGGAGCGGAUUAGCUUGAGAAUCCGUUUAUCUUGGAUUGCUCGCCGGAGAUGAUCGUAUACAGAGUUCCAUGAUUUACGUCUCCAAUGAUCCUUCGGCCUCCAGGGAUCCUUCAAUAUUUUUGCUUCUGCAUCGGAGCAAAAAACUAACUCCUUCAUCUGCAUCAAAGAAAGAAAAACAGUAGUAUGCAAGUCCUGCUUCAGCAUCGAAGAACAAAAAACAGGAGUACAUAUAAGUCCUGCAUCUGCAUCGAAGAAAGAAAAACAGUACUUCUGUUUCUGUGCUGCUCCUGAUCCUGGAUCGAAAGGGAAAACUAAGUACUUGUGCUGCUAAGUACUUGUGCUGCUUCUACAUCAAAACAAAAAAAAAAACUAAGUACUUUGCAACGUCCAGGGAGAGUUGACAUGGAGGUGACAAGUCUUUGCUAAAGGCUGGCAGGCCGUCGCGGAAGCGGACGUGGCAAAAAAACGAGCAUUGGCUGCAUAGCAAAGGGAUUGGCUUUUCUUCUGUGUUUGUUGCAGUUUGCUGGAGGCGAGCGGGAGGGGUGUUCUGCAGAACGGCAGAUGCUGCCUGGUGGGGAUACCCUUUCCGGCGGGAACGGAACAAGCGGGAUCUUGGGGGAGGGAGAGGGUUUCCCAAAUUGCGUAUCUGCGCUCUGGAGGACGUCAGGUUGUCGGUCCACGAUCUCUUUGUCGAUAGUCUGCCAUUUCGACCAUUUCAUCGCCACGCCGUCACCGUCUUGGUAGUAUAGCCAUGUGCGUGUCUGCCUCAUUGUUUUCCGCGUGCCUACUUUACGACUAGCUGGGAAGUUCCGCUUGUGUAGUUAUGUGGCCCUUCUCUUGCAGCCCCUUGACAUUUGUCUGUGGUUUCUUGUUUUAUGCUUAAACUUUGGCUGUUCGUAGUAGAAUUGGUGAAGCCUGUCUGUAUUUGAAUAUGUGUGGUUGGAGUAAUAGAAAAUAAAAAUAAAAAUAAAUGAAUAGAAUUGAUGAAACCUGGCACAGAGAUGUGAUUGGCCCGAGUAAUAGAACUUCCUUCACUCUUUUCUCAAUUUCUUGUCCUUAAAAAAGGAAAAAAAGAAAAAGAAUAGAUUGCCAUUUUUAUCUUGACGGAGACGGAAAGCGGAACAGACAUCUUGGUGUGAAACGGACAGUUGUAUUAUUUACCUUAUGAAUGAAUAUAAUAUAAUUUUGGGGUUAUAAACUUUGGCUGUUCGUAGUAGAAUUGAUGAAGGCUUCUGCUUCUGCGUAUUUACCUUAUGAAUGAAUAUAAUAUAAUUUU